CUUUGAGCAGACAGGAUGGAGAACGCACCACCAAGAGACGCAGAAUGCCUGGCCUACUUCGCGUGAGCGAGUCCACAGGCCUCGCUUCCAGAACAGGUCAAGAAGAACCAAGCCAAGUACGGAUUCAACGAGCUGCCCGCUGAAGAAGGUAAAACUUUAUGGGAGCUGGUGGUGGAGCUUGAAGAUCUGUUGGUCAGGAUUCUGCUUUUGGCCGCCUGCAUCUCUUUUGUACUGGCCUGGUUUGAGGAAGGUGAGGAAACAGUCACUGCCUUCGUCGAGCCUUUCGUUAUUCUCCUCAUCCUAAUCGCCAAUGCUGUGGUUGGAGUAUGGCAGGAACGCAAUGCGGAGAGUGCCAUUGAGGCUCUGAAGGAAUAUGAGCCAGAGAUGGGCAAAGUCUACCGCUCUGACAGAAAGAGUGUGCAGAGGAUCAAGGCCAGAGAGAUUGUCCCUGGAGACAUUGUGGAAGUUUCAGUUGGUGACAAAGUCACUGCUGAUAUCAGAAUCACCGCCUAUCGCUCCACAACCCUGCGCGUCGACAUCACUUUAUUUUUAGGUGAGUCUGUAAGUGUGAUUAAACACACAGAGUCUGUUCCUGACCCCAGUGCUGUCAACCAGGACAAGAAGAACAUGCUUUUCUCUGGCACUAACAUCGCUGCUGGCAAGGCUAUUGGAGUUGUGGUUGCCACUGGUGUGUCCACUGAGAUCGGUAAAAUCCGUGACCAGAUGGCUGCCACUGAGCAGGAAAAGACCCCUCUGCAGCAGAAGCUGGAUGUUGGUGAGCAACUCUCCAAAGUCAUCUCCCUCAUCUGUGUGGCUGUCUGGCUCAUCAACAUCGGUCACUUCAACGACCCCGUCCAUGGUGGCUCCUGGAUCCGUGGUGCUGUCUACUACUUCAAGAUCGCUGUGGCUCUUGCCGUAGCUGCCAUCCCCGAAGGUUUGCCUGCCGUCAUCACUACCUGCUUGGCUCUGGGAACCCGCCGCAUGGCCAAGAAGAACGCCAUUGUCCGCUCUCUUCCCUCUGUAGAGACUCUGGGCUGCACAUCUGUCAUUUGCUCAGACAAGACUGGCACCCUUACCACCAAGAUGUGUGUCACAAAGAUGUUUGUCAUUGAGAAAGUGGAGGGUGACUCUGUGACUCUUGACCAGUACGACAUUUCUGGAUCCAAGUACACACCAGAGGGAGAUGUUACUAAGAAUGGACUUCCUGUCAAGUGCGGCCAGUUUGAUGGCCUUGUUGAGUUGGCAACCAUCUGCGCUCUGUGCAAUGACUCCUCUCUGGGACUACAAUGAGAAGUUGGCGAGGCUACAGAGACUGCUUGCUGCCUGGUGAAAAGAUGAAGUGUGUUCAACACUGAUGUUCGGGGUUUGUCCAAGGUGGAGCGAGCAAACACAUGUUGCACUGUGAUCAAGCAGCUUAUGAAGAAAGACUUUACUCUCGAGUUCUCCCGUGACAGGAAGUCCAUGUCUGUCUACUGCUCCCCCUGCAAAGGCCUCCAAGCUCCUGUUGGAAACAAGAUGUUUGUCAAGGGUGCUCCUGAGGGCGUUAUUGACAGAUGUGCCUAUGUGCGUGUUGGCACCACCCGUGUGCCCCUGACUGGUCCAGUUAAAGAUAAGAUCAUGGCUGUGAUCAAGGAAUGGGGAACUGGCCGUGAUACUCUGCGCUGCCUGGCUCUGGCAACCCGUGACAACCCUCUGAGACGAGAAAUGAACCUGGAAGACUCCACCAAGUUUGCUGAAUACGAGACUGAUCUUACCUUCGUGGGUUGUGUUGGUAUGCUGGAUCCUCCUCGUAAAGUUGUUGGAUCCAUUGAGCUGUGCAGGGCUGCUGGCAUCCGUGUGAUCAUGAUCACAGGUGAUAACAAGGGUACUGCUGUGGCUAUCUGCCGCCGUAUUGGCAUCUUCAGUGAUGAUGAGGAUGUAACAGGUCGUGCUUUUACUGGCCGUGAGUUUGAUGACCUGCCACUGCCCCAGCAGAGAGAAGCAGUGCGUAAGGCCUGCUGUUACGCUCGUGUCGAGCCCUCCCACAAGAGCAAGAUCGUUGAGUUCCUUCAGGGCUUUGAUGAGAUUACUGCCAUGACUGGUGAUGGUGUGAACGAUGCUCCUGCCCUGAAGAAGGCAGAGAUUGGCAUUGCCAUGGGCUCUGGCACUGCUGUUGCCAAGUCAGCCUCUGAGAUGGUCCUGGCCGACGACAACUUCUCUAGCAUUGUGGCCGCUGUUGAGGAGGGCAGAGCCAUUUACAACAACAUGAAGCAGUUCAUCCGUUACCUCAUCUCCUCUAACGUUGGAGAGGUUGUCUGUAUUUUCCUGACUGCUGCUCUUGGUCUUCCUGAGGCUCUGAUCCCAGUUCAGCUGCUGUGGGUGAACCUGGUCACUGAUGGUCUCCCUGCCACUGCUCUGGGCUUCAACCCCCCCGAUUUGGACAUCAUGGGCAAGGCUCCCCGCUCCCCCAAAGAGCCCCUUAUCUCCGGCUGGCUCUUCAGAUACCUGGCCAUUGGAGGUUAUGUUGGUGCUGCAACUGUUGCUGCUGCUGGCUGGUGGUUCCUCUACUGUGACGAAGGCCCCAUGGUCUCCUUCUACCAGCUGUCCCACUUCAUGCAGUGCACUGCUGACAAUGAGGACUUUGCCGGUAUUGAAUGUGAAGUGUUCGAGGCUGCUCCACCAAUGACAAUGGCUCUGUCUGUGUUGGUCACCAUUGAGAUGUGCAAUGCUCUGAACAGCUUGUCAGAGAAUCAGUUUCUUUUGCGUAUGCCUCCAUGGAGCAAUUUGUGGUUGGCGGGAGCUAUGACUCUCUCCAUGUCUCUGCACUUCAUGAUCAUCUAUGUGGACCCUCUGCCUAUGAUCUUCAAACUAACCCAUCUCAACAUCGAGCAAUGGAUCGUGGUACUGAAGCUUUCCUUCCCCGUCAUCCUCAUCGACGAAGCUCUGAAAUUUGUUGCCCGCAACUACCUGGAGGAGAAAGAUCAGAAUCUAGUGUCCAAAAAGUGGGACUGAAAAGGAAGAACUAGAACAGCUCUCCCAUGCAGAAAAAGGACAUUCACCAGGAGUGAUACAGAAUCCAACCGGGAACCAGUGAAAAUCACCCAUAAAAUGUAAAACCUUACAGAACAAAUGAAAAAAAAAAAUAUUUAAGUAAAAAAAAAAGUGUUAUGUAUAUGUAUUAAGACUUAAUUUAAUAUAUAUAAUGUUAUGAACAGUAUAUUCUAAUGAAAAUGCUAUUCUUAAAAUAAAGAUGUGUAUAAAAACAA